UCUCAUUAAAAAUCUUACUAAGGACAAGUUGUAAUUGUAGAAGGGUCCUGCAUAUACGGAAAACUGCUAACUGUUUGGCUGGAUGUGCAAUACGGAGAUAGAUUCAAGCUAAAGCGGGUUGUGUUAUACAGUGCAUAAUGAUGGCCCAUCGGGUCUCCGCCAUUUUGUUUGUUGUGUCUGUAAGUGUCCUGUGCGUCCAAGGCUUGCUGCCCAACCAGAAUAGGAAAAAAAGAAGCGCAGAUUCAGUUUACGAGCAGAUCGCGCAAUCAUCAGGCGGAAAUGUCUUCAACACUGACAAGACCAACGUCUCGCAGGUGGCCGGCAUCAUCAAGGAUUCUGCGCAUGCGUAUGUCCUCCUUGCCGCCUUCUCCAUGUCUUCCAGUGACGCCAACAGCAACCUACAGGUGGACAACACAGUCAGUCACGUCAAAAUACGCAUCAUGGAGACGACCAAACAAGCCAAGCCAAUAGUCAAACUUUAUUAUCCACAAGGCACCCCAAUACUUGUGUCGGAGGAUUAUCUUGGAAAUGGAGCCCUCGAAAUGGUGAUACCGGCAUCACAACAGUAUGGUGAGUGGAGGCUGCAGAAACAGGACACCCACAACUGGGACGUCAGCGUCUACGGCGAGACCAUCGUGGACUUCUCCGUCAUGUUCCUCGAGACCCACGCCGUGACAGGGUACAGCAUGCAGAUGGAGGGAAGGCCCAUCAUAGGUGCAACCACGCCUGUCGUAGUCCAGGUCUCAGGGGAGGAUAAGGAGGGCUCUGUAGACGACAUUGUGUUUAUGGAUGAGAAAGGCAUCGUCUUGUACCGCUCCCCUGUGCUUCCACAAGGUCACAGAGGCGACACCUUUCGGGCACAGACAACUAUUCCUUCUAUCCCAUUCCGCGUGGGGGUCGAGGGAAAAGACAAACUUGGAAAUACGUUCAAGAGAGCCAAGAUGUCGUUUAUCAAGCCAAGUGCGCUGGACCUGAAAAUACAGGAUAUUAAAGGUGAGCUGGAGGUAGACGGGCGCAUGUACCUGUACGUGGAGGCGGUCAAUCGCGGGUCGACGUAUCAGAAGGUCUCAAUGAGCAUCAGCGAUGACCAGGGCCUCGUGGCGCCACCUACCAACAAGACGGUGUACUUGUGGACAGGUGUCAGUGCAACUGUAUACUUCGAACUUCAAGGUGGCCACGCUGCGGGUGUGUCCUCGAACGUUAUGAUCAAGGCCGCCCCUGUUGGUGCAAGUGACAACUACCAGUACGUUAUGAGGACAUUUACAGUGCACGCAUCACAGAAAUGAAUGUGCUAUUGCGGAAGCUACACAAGAGGCAUUUUCAAACAGCUGCGAGCUAUAAAUACCAUGACCCAAUAUACGACGUACAUUAAAGGGCUAUUUAUGUCACAAA